AGGGGCGGCGCACUUGGUCUUUCUUGUUGUUUCGUAAACCGGGUGCUGUAUACCUCACCUCGCUGCUUAGGGGAUUCAUUCAUUUAUUCUUCUUCUUUUUUUUUAAUAAAUUAUUAUUAUUAUUAUUAUUAAAAAUCAGAGAAGCAAUUACAAUUCGAUUCUCCUUCUUCUUCUUCACUCCUGUCUCUCUCUUCUUUUUGGCAAAGUGAAACCUUUUAUUGAAAACUAAGAAUAAAUUAAGUUUAGUGAAAUGGGUAUUCCUUCGGAAAUGAGGGAUUUUUGGGUCAAACGUAGUCAAAGAGAACCUGCCUUACUCAUUGCUUCGCCAGCUGAAGAACGCAAGAUUUUCAACGCCAAGCAUUGCACUCAAGAAGGUGUGCGUGCUGGAUUCAAGGCAGCUUCCAUUGCGUGUGUUGCUACUGCUGUUCCCACUUUGAUCGCUGUUCGGAAAGUUCCUUGGGCAAAGGCAAACCUCAACUAUACAGCUCAGGCGCUAAUUAUUUCUGCUGCAUCAAUUGCUUCAUACUUCAUCACUGCUGAUAAAACCAUCUUAGAGUGUGCAAGAAGAAAUGCUCAGUUCGAACAAGCCUUAAGAAACCAAGACUGAUAUGGGGAAACUCUGUCUCAAGUCUCUCAGUUUAAAUAAUUUGCAUACAGCACAGUUCUUCGUCGUAGAACUUGAGGCUGACAGCACUUAUCCCCAUCCAAACCUCCCUCUGUUUUAUGUAUUAAAGUACCCUUUCACCAUUUGUUUUUCUUAAUGUAACUGUAUGUAAUCAAUUUUAACACAAUGCUUUUUGGCUUGUGCAUUUCAGCAGAGGGUAUGGCUUUUCUGGUCUUA